AUGGCAGCUGACGAUUCAUCUGCGAGACGUCUUCACCCUGGUCCUCGCAUCAAUACGGUAUUGCACAUGCAAUCUACACACCGAUCAGAGGUUGUCUGGAUGGAGGAACAGGAUUAUAAAUCUCUGAAUGUCAGAAGUGGACGACUGGCGGGGUUGGAUGUUAUUCCAGAGCCCAUUGUACCUUAUUUACGUCAUGCCGAUUUUCUUGGCGCUGCUCGGAUGGGCCGUAUGGAGAUUGACAGUGCAUUGGUCACAACUCUAGUCGAGCGAUGGAGACCAGAGACCCAUACAUUUCAUAUGCAUCCGGGAGAGGUGACGGUGACACUCGAGGAUGUUGCAAUAAUCACAGGUCUUCCUACAGACGGUGAACCUGUUACUGGCAUGUCUGAAACACGCGAGUUGAAAGCUUUGGUACCGCAACUACUUGGGAGGACCCCGAGUCCAGCUGAUUUUAAGGGUGGUAGUCUUAAGAUGUCAUGGUUGGAUGCAAAUUUUACAAAUGUUGAGGAAUGGAUGGAUGAUGAAGAGAAUCUUCUCUGA